AUGGAUCAGUUUCCCCUUCUUCCUAGUGGCUCCAAGGCCAACACCUCCACACCCUUGUACCUCACCUUAGACAACACAACCUCGGGGGCAUCCACCUCACCAGUGCCGGAGCCGGCGCCGGCGCCGCCUGAACCUUCUAGACAAUCCAACCAUGACAGGGGAACGGAUACAGUCAAAGCCAAGAUCAUGUCGCACCCUCUCUAUCCUGCUCUCCUGACAGCCUUCAUAGAGUGCCAGAAGGUCGGAGCCCCGCCGGAGAUUGUCGGCCGGUUGUCCGCCCUAGCCGGCGACCUCGAUUCAGAUCCUGGCGACCGGCGCCAAGACCCGGUGCCUGACCCAGAACUUGAUGAGUUCAUGGAGACCUACUGCGAUGUGCUGGUCAGGUACAAGCAGGAGCUCACGAGACCAGUCCAAGAAGCCGACCAGUUCUUCAGGGCCAUGGAGGCGCAGAUGGAGUCGUUUACGCUAGAUGACCACAGCUACGAAGGGGGCGGUUCCUCCGAAGACGAGCAAGAAAUCGGCGACGUCGGCGGCCUGCCGGAGAUCACGAGCCACUGCGCGGAGGACAAGGAGCUCAAGAGCCACCUCCUGAACAAGUACAGCGGCUACCUGAGCAGCCUCUGGAGGGACCUCUCCAAGAAGAAGAAGAAAGGCAAGCUGCCGAGGGACGCGCGCCAGAAGCUCCUGCACUGGUGGCAGCUGCACUACAGAUGGCCCUACCCCUCGGAGCUGGAGAAGGCGGCGCUGGCGGAGUCGACGGGGCUGGACGCGAAGCAGAUCAACAACUGGUUCAUCAACCAGCGGAAGCGGCACUGGAAGCCCACGCCGCCGGCCAUGGAGUACAUGUCGCAGCAACAGCACCCCUACGGCGGCCCUUCGAGCAGCUCUUCCGCCCCCUUUCGGACGACGGACGGGCAUUACUUCGCCGGAGGAAGCGCGUAUCCUCGUGGCCCCUGAUGCAUACAUGGCAGGACGCCGUAGGUACGUACGUGUACGUUGGUAUAUGAGAUGCACUGUGUGAGUGUGUGGUUUACUGGUGGCGUGUAUACGUACAAAGCUAAAUAUAUACACGGGAGGGAUUUCAAAGGGGGAUUGAGCAGCUCAGCUGAGUGCAGAAAGGCAUUUUCGUGUAAUGGUCAUAUAUAGGGACCGGGAUUUGUCAUUGUAUCCGUCUGUGUUUUGCAUGUUUGUAUAAGCGGCGGUGAACCCAAGGAGUCAAUUCAUGCUUUAUUAUUGAAGAUAGAUAA